UGUUGCCUUCUCUCUUAUCUCUCUCCCAUCAGCUUUCCCAUCAAUUGUUCUCCUUUUUCCCAUCUGUAACUUUUAUUCCUCCCUGCCUCUCUCCUCCCACUCGGUGGACGGUCAGACGUUAUACAGCCACCGAUCAGUCGUCGUCAGCCAUGUUGUUGGUGUGACACACUCACACUGAGCUGUCAGCAACAGGUUCUCUGAGUAAAACUGCUGCUAAACUUGAACAUUUAUCCAACAAAUACUGCUCUCCUUGGACAAUAAACCUUUUCGGUGGGUCUGGGAAACCGUCCUGAAGUGGUGGAUGAUAACUUCAGGCCCCUCGGAAGCUCGGAAGUUGGUGUUUUUUGGCCGCGGUGAGAGAGGUACGCAAGCGAAACUGCUUAUCUAAGCAUGAGUAUGGCCUCGAGCAGUAGCUGAGGACGCCAACGGGAGUUCCCCCUCUGUGCCCCUCUGCCACAUGCAAAAAUGAAUGGUGGUCCAAGUGUAUGGGCGAUCACUCCUGAGGAGAGGGUCAAACAUGAUCAGAAGUUUGACACUCUCUCCCCAUCGAUGGGCUAUGUGUCAGGGGAACAGGCAAGGAAGUUUCUCCUCCAAUCAGGACUGCCUGCUUCAGUUUUGGCUGAGAUAUGGGCUCUGGCUGACAUGAAUAAAGAUGGGAAGAUGGAUAGGUUGGAGUUUUCUAUCGCUAUGAAGCUCAUAAAGUUAAAACUCCAGGGUGCACCACUUCCCUCAGCACUGCCAAUCAUCAUGAAGCAGCCCCCAGUUCCUGCUCCCAGCCUCAAUAACCCCACCAUGCCCUUGUCCAGCUCAGCCUAUGGUAUGGCUUCUGUGCCGAACAUGCCCCUGAUGCCCGGGACAAACCUUGCCAUGUUGAACCCUAUCUCCAUGGCAACCCCUGGACUCUCACCUUUGACACCAAUGACAGGCUUCUCCACGUUGGCUCCUACAGCAACAGGACUGAGCCCUCUAAUGGCCUCCACCGCCGCCAGGCCCCUGAUGCCCACCGUGGGAAACGCCACACUGCCAAACGGCACCAUUGGAAUUCUCCAUCCACUUCCAGCUGGAGCUUUGGCUACUGGCGUACCUCGCUCUGCAUCCCCCUACUCCUCUCCGCUAGGAUUCUCCUCUUCUGGUAUGAACAAGGCCUCAUCGCUGCUGGACCUAGGAUCUAUCAGCUCCGCUUCCUCAUCCCCCUCUGUGAUGUCCGCCAAUGCUACUGUUCCCAGCGACUGGGCUGUGCCACAUGCCUCCAGACUCAAAUACAGACAGCAGUUCAACAGCUUGGAUAAACAAAUGACAGGAUACCUCAGUGGUCAGCAGGUGAGGGGUGCCAUGGCGACCACGAUGCUGACUCAGUCACAGCUAGCUUCCAUCUGGACUUUAGCUGAUGUGGAUAAGGACGGCAAGCUAAAAGCUGAGGAGUUUAUUCUGGCAAUGCAUCUCGUGGACAUGGCAAAGAUUGGCCAACAUCUGCCGCUAACCCUGCCAACUGAACUGGUACCACCCUCACAAAGGAGUGCAGUGAACGGAUCCAGCUCUUCUCUCUAUGCAGCUCUGACUGAUGACUUGGUCGUAGAACCUCCGCAGAAAGCCAAACCCAACAUGUCGUUCGAGGAUAAAUUCAAAGCCAACUUGGAGCGAGGGAACGCAGAACUGGAGAAAAGACGACUGGCGAUGCAGGAGAUGGAGAGAAGGGAGAGGGAGCGGCACGAACAGAAGGAGAGAGAGGAGCGAGAGAAGAGAGAGAAGGAGGCUCGGGAGGCCGAGGAAAGGAGGAGGAAAGAGGAGGAGAGGAGACUGGAGCGACAGAGGGAGGUGGAGAGGCAGAUUGAAGAAGAGCUACAGAGGGAGAUAGAGAGAAAAGAGGCUGCACAGCGGGAGCUCGAGCGUCAGAGGAAGGAGGAGUGGGAGAGGAGGCGGCGCGGAGAGCUCCAGAUAAAGAAGGAGCAUGAACAGGAUGAUAUCAUCAGAUUAAAAGCUAAGAAAAGGAGUCUUGAGAUGGAGCUGGAGGCUGUGGGUAACAAGCAUCGUCAGAUCUCAGACCGGCUGCGUGACUUUCAGAACAAGAAGAAGCUUCAGAAGACGGAGAUGGAUCUGACCAAUCAAAGGAAAGAAGCACGCCAGCAGGACAUUAACAACCUGCAGAAACAGCUCGAGGAGUUCCAGAGGAAGUUGUCCCAGCUGACUCCAGAGCAGAAGAGACUGACAGAGAAACUCAGAAACAUGUCUGUGAAUAACCUGCCUGUGUCGACCAUGUCCACCCUGAAGAUGAGUGUUGCAGAGAGAAAAGGCACAUGUGUGAGGCUGCGAGAGCAGCUGGGAUCUCUGGAGAAAGAGACCGCUGCCCAUCUGUCUGAGAUGGACCAGUACAACAAAGAUAUGCAGGAACUGAGAGAGAGCCAGAGAAAACAGCAGGCGGCACUUGAGAAACUACGGAGCAUCAAAGAGGACAAACAGCGUGAGCUGAGUCGAAGGAGGGAGGAAGAAGAGGAGAGAAGGAGGAGGGAAGAGGAGAGGAAACAACAGGAGGUGGAAGCUCAGAGGCGUAUUAAGAUGGAAAAAGAUCGGCAGUGGCAGGAGAAGCUGAGGAAGGACGAAGAGGAGCGUCAGAGAAGGCUUCAGGAGGAGAAAGAGGCAAGACAGAGGGAGGAGGAGGAGAGAGAGAGGCAGGUUCUCAUCCAGGCGGCCAAAGAGCAGGCCGAACAAGAGCUCAGAGCAAGGGAGGAGGCAGAGCGGAAGAGAAGAGAGGUGGAGGAGAGGAAGAAAAGAGAAGAGGAGGAGCGGCAGAAGCAAGCAGAGAGACGGAGGCAGGAGGAGGAGAGGAGAAAGCUGGAGGAGGAGAGGAGGCAGCUGGAAGAAGAGAGGAGGAUACUGGAGGAAGAGCGGAAGAAAGAGGAGAAGAGAUGGAAAGAAGAGGAGGAGCGACGCAUGAGGGAGGAGGAGAGGAAGAGGUUAGAGGAGGAGCGGAGAGAGGAGGAGCGCAGAAGAGAGAAGGAGGAGGAGGAGAGGAGGCGACAGCGGGCGGCCGUGGCCGCCGUCCGAGAUUCUGAGGAGAGGAGAAAGCGAGAAGAGGAGGAGAGGAGAAAGCGAGAAGAGGAGGAGGAGGAGAGGAGAAAGAGGGAUGAAGACAGGGUGAAGCUUCAGCAGCACCAGCAGGACGAGGAUAGGAGGAAGCGUGAGGAUGAGAGAAAGAGGGCGGAAGAGAUGAAGAAGAGAAAAGAGGAGGAAGAGGAGAGGAGGAAAGCUGAGGAGGUGAGAAAGAGGAAGGAAGAGGCACCUCGUCAGCGGCAGCGUCUGAGUACAGGAGGGAAGGUGGAUGUUCAGGCUCUGCUGAGAGGACUGGAGGAGAGGAAGGGUGGGCAACCCAGGGCCACUGAACACAGGAAGUCAGCGGCUCUCACAUCCUUCAAAGCUCUCUACCCGUUCACUGCGCGAAACAAUGAAGAGCUCAACAUCAGUGCAGAUGACAUCAUCGAGGUUGAUGAGACGACCGAGCGGGAGGAGGGUUGGUUGUACGGCAGCAGACAAGGGAAGAUGGGCUGGUUCCCAGAGAGCUACGUCGAGAGAGUGACCCCAUCAGACACCGCUAAUAAUACUGCUGCUGCUGCUGCUGCUGCUGCUGCUGUUCCUAAAGUGCCGCUUCAGUCACAGCUUUGCAAUGCGCUUGAAGCUGUCAAGGCAGCAGGAACAAAGUCUGCCUUCACACCAACACACUCCCCAAACCCUGCGCCCUCUGAGACACAAGGACAGGUGGUGGGUAACCUCUUGGCCCAGGCCCUGUGUUCAUGGACAGCAAAGACCGAAAACCAUCUGAACUUCAAUAAAGACGAUGUCAUUCAGGUGUUGGAGCAGCAGGAGAACUGGUGGUUGGGAGAGCUGAACAGUGAACGGGGCUGGUUUCCCAAAACAUAUGUGACACUGCUGGGAGAAGAAGAGAGUUCAGACAUGAAGAGCUCCCUUGCUGAUGCUUCGGAGUCUAGCGACAGCCUGCAGCUUGAAGAAUACACAGCGUUGUACACCUAUGAGUCUCCGGAGCAUGGUGAUCUGACGUUUGGAGAGGGAGAUGUGAUCUUGGUGAGCAAGAAAGAGGGAGAGUGGUGGCACGGCUCUAUAGGCGACCGCACAGGCGUCUUCCCCAGCAACUACGUCAAACCUAAAGAGACCGAUACAUUAAGUGUAUCCGCAAAGAAGAAGCCAGUGAUCGCCCAGGUGAUUAGGGCCCAACCCUCUACCCGCCCUGAACAGCUGAAUCUGGAAAAUGGCCAGCUCAUCCUCAUCAUCAGCCAGAACGCCUCUGGCUGGUGGCUCGGAGAACUGCAGGCCCGUGGUAAAAAGCGUCAGAAGGGCUGGUUUCCUGCCUCUCAUGUCAAAGUAUUGGGAUCCAACAGCGGCAAGUCCACACCAGCACCCCAACCAGUCUGUCAGGUGAUAGCCAUAUACGACUACACAGCCGCCAACGGCGACGAGAUGAGCUUCUCCAAAGGGCAGCUGAUCAACGUUUUUGACAAAAACGACCCUGAUUGGUGGAAAGGAGAGAUUAAUGGGGUCACUGGUCUGUUCCCCACCAAUUACGUUAAGAUGACCACGGCGGAUUGUGACCCCAGCCAGCAGUGGUGUGCAGACCUGAAUAGCCUGGACUCAAUGAGCUCCCAGGAAAAGAAGAGACAGGGUUACAUCCAUGAGCUGAUCCAGACUGAGGAGAGAUACGUGGAAGACUUGCAGAUAGUGCUGGAGGUUUUCCAUAAACCUAUGUUGGAAUCGGGCCGGCUGAAUGAUGCAGAGAUGGUCAUGAUAUUCGUCAACUGGAAGGAACUGCUGGCCUGCAACACUAAACUUCUCAAGGCACUACGUGUGCGUAAGAAGACGGGUGGGGAGAACAUGCCGGUGCCGAUGAUUGGGGAUAUACUGGCCGCGGAGCUGUCCCACAUGCAGCCCUACAUCCGCUUCUGUUCCUGCCAGAUCAACGGAGCAACACUGCUCCAGACGCGCAUCGACAACGAGCCAAACUUUAAGGACUUCCUCAAGAAAAUUGCCACAGACUACAGGUGCAAAGGCAUGCCUCUGUCCAGCUUCCUGCUGAAACCCAUGCAGAGGAUCACACGCUACCCGCUGCACAUCAAAAACAUCCUGGAGAGCACCACGGAGGGCCAUGCUGACCGAGGCCCUCUGAAAGAGGCUCUGGAAAGGGCGGAGGAGCUCUGUCAACAGGUAAACGAGGGCGUGAGAGAAAAGGAGAACUCUGACAGACUGGAAUGGAUUCAGAACCACGUUCAGUGUGAUGGCGCUGCAGAGAACCUGGUCUUCAACUCUCUUACCAACUGUUUGGGCCCAAGGAAACUGCUCCACAGUGGCAAGAUGAACAAGGUAAAGAGCAACAAGGAACUCUGGGCCUUCCUCUUUAGUGACUUUCUGCUUUUGACUCAUGCGACUAAACAGUUCAGCUCGUCUGGGCCUGAUAAACUGUUCAGCAACAGGAACAAUGUACAGCUCAAGAUGUACAAGCCGCCUGUGCUGCUCAAUGAAGUUCUGGUAAAGCUGCCAGAUCCAUCGAGCGACGAGCCCAUCUUCCACAUCUCACACAUCGAUAGAGUCUACAUCCUCAGGACCGACAACAUUAAUGAACGGACGGCCUGGGUUCAGAAGAUUAAGGCUGCAUCUGAAGAAUUUAUUGAGACAGAAAAGAAAAAAAGGGAAAAGGCCUAUCAAGCACGAUCUGUGAAGACUAGUGGAAUCGGCAGACUUCUUGUCACCAUCUUGGAGGCCACUGAACUCAAGCCUGGCAAACCCAAUGGUAAAAGUAACCCUUACUGUGAAGUGACCAUGGGAGCUCAGAUAUUCACGUCCAGAACGCUCAACGACACCCUCAACCCCAAGUGGAACUUCAACUGUCAGUUCCACAUUAAAGACCUUUACCAGGACGUCCUCUGCAUCACCAUCUUUGAAAGAGACCAGUUUUCACCUGACGACUUUCUGGGUCGGACAGAGGUUCCCGUGGCGACCAUAAAGAAAGAGUUUGAAAACAAGGGACCAGUAACACGUCGUCUUCUGCUGCACGAGGUUCCUACUGGGGAAGUGUGGGUCCGCCUCGACCUGCAGCUCUUUGGCAACAAAUAGACACAGUAGGAUGAACUGAAAUAAUAAUGGAGUCUUCUACCGAGACAUCUAAAUAAGGAUCUGUUCCUCCUGCAGAGUAACAAUAAGCAAAUAAAGCAUUAAGAAAGGCUGCUUUUUGUCACCUAAACAACCCACUUGCCUAAUAUGGAUACCGAUAUCAAACAACACACCCCUGAACUGAACACCCAUCACGCCCUAAUCUUUUAAUAUUAACCAGUACUAAUAAUACCUGAUGUCCUCUGAAUCCUCAAGGGGAUUAGGGUCUGAGUGACAUCAUCUGACACCACCAAUAAGAGUCAGAUCUCCCCUUUUUUCUGGUUCAUGAACCCCGAUAGAAAGGGUAGCACGACAGCUGCAGCUGUUUGCAUCUGCACGAUAUCUACCGUACUAAAGGUAAAAGCAACAACUGCUGCCUGGCUUCUUAAACAGUGGAGACCAAGUGUGUCAUGAAGCUGAAUCUGUAAUAAUGUAUAGCCUUCACAGGGAGGUAGAACUGGACAAAGACGGCUUAGUAACAAAUAAUCCUAAUAUUAAGAAAUCAAUGAAAACCAUAAAUAUAAUGGAUCUGCUCUGUAUCUCAACAGUUGGAUUUUAAAUGUUCAGUGAUUGAGACACACUGCCAAGUCUGGUGUUUUCUCUUAACUUACAAGAUAUGUAUAUGUCUGUAUAUGUAUAUAUGUAUUUCUGGAUGAGGUUGUGACUGAUGGCUUUCAAGAGACUCUGCUUUAUGGCUGUCUUAUGCUUUAUGGCUGUCUGAUCUGUAACAUCUUGUCACAGUGACAUUAAGCGCAUCAUAAACUGGACGGCAGAUCACGGACUCUGUUUGACAACACAGACGAGACGUUUUUGUCAGUAGCUCUGGUCUGAAGUCAGUUCACUACUGUUAGAUAGCUGAUCUCAGGAUAUGUUUUUUUCUGGGUUUAAUCUGUGUCACUGUUCUAAUGUGGAGGAUUUUGAGGAUGUCAAUAUUUUGAGGCAACACAGAUUGGCAGUUGGUCAGCAAUAAUAAACAGUAUUUACUCA